ACAGUUUUCCUGAAAAGGCUGCAGGGCAACACCCACGGUCUUGCGUUCCAACGACCCUCGUGGCUUGAUAUACGCUCCGAAGGAAUGGGUUCUGAAUUGAAUCAAGCAAAAUGAAUGAAAUCCAUCAGUUUGAGCCCUAUACCCUGACCUCUUUCGACCACUCCUUCCCACCAGCCUUUUAUCAUUUCGUGGCGCUCUCGUUCGCUAUCCAAAAACCUCAGGAUGCGAUCCCCACUCUCAAGUCUGCCAUCUUACGGGUGGUCGACCAGCUUCCCUUCCUCACGGGGGAAGUCGGCCCUUGUCCGGAUGCCACAAAAAAGAAUGUAAUGCAAGUUCAGCCUAGCCCGACUACUACACACGAAACUUCGAUUGUGCAGGUCAAGGAGCAUCCACAGUUCGUCCUGUCCUCCACCCCGACACCAGAGAAGGGAACGGGCGCAGGACAGCACCAUGCUCGCUGUGUGGAUUUGCCAGGAGCCAUUGUGCCCGAAUUUGAUUACUCGUCCAUCCCGGCCCCUGUAUUUCGUGCCCAGAUCAACAUCCUCGCCGACGGGAUAGUCCUCUGUCUGGCCAUCAACCACAUGGUGAUUGACGGGACCGGGACGGGAGCCUUGAUCGACGUACUGGCUACCGCAUGUCGAGGGGGUGAAGGCUCGGUGGAUUAUCUGCGCCGGUGUGAUGCAAUCCAGAAGAGCACCAGGCGUUAUUUACAGGAUUUGGGAACACAAGGCCGGCUGCCCGACGGUGUCCAUUCUGGUAAUGAUCCUACCGACGUCGCGGGAGACAUUUUCGAGCCUGGGAAAUCUUAUGCGAAUCAUACACUUGUGUUUUCAGACACUCAAAUCAAAGCGCUUAAAGCUCGAUGCAAUGCAAUUUUGGCGGAGAUGUUCCCAGCAGCUAGUACUGGGCCGGCUAAUACAGAGACAACCGUCAGAGACCAACGCUCACUAGUCUCAUCCAACGAUGUCCUCACGGCGCUAUUGUGGAUGAGCAUCAAUCAAGUGAAAUUAAAACCAACGCAGCCGCGGGAGGAGUCAUUUGUGAGUGUCCCCGUGAAUACGCGGACGAGAUUCUCCCCCUCCCUACCGGACAACUACUUGGGAAAUGCCGUGCUCGUGACCGAGAGUAAGCUAGCCCUUUCAGAGUUACAAUGCCUGAACGACGAUGGUCAUCUGGGGGAGACGUCUACUCAAAGCAUCCGGCUACUCUCUCUGCUCGCUCACCGAGUCCGCUCAAGUAUCACCACGGUGGAUGACGAGUCUUUGAGAGUAUCUCUCCGUCGAGCACACCACGCUAGUGACUGGGAAACACUGCUCGCUCGCCCGGGCGACGUGGUCGUGUCCAGCCUGCGGUUAUGGAAUUCUUUUAGUUUGGAUUUUGGCCCCAUACUCGGCGGUCUCGCCGCGCUAGAGCUCGUCCCUAAGUUUGCUUGAAGUCACAGCAUAUGCACGCAUUGAGAGAGAAUCAGUCAAUGAGAUCCGUGCUCCGGUGUGACUAUCCUGUGGAGGUCUUGCUUCGGUAGUUUUGUACUGCUGUGUAACCUCGUUGCGCUCGCCAGCAAUGUUCCAAGGCAGGAAUACGACGCAAGU